AUGGACGCGCGCGGGUCGUGCGUGGUGUGUUUCGCCCGCGACGACGACGCGGGGACGUCGCGCGCGAGUGAAUUCGUGCGAUGCGCCAACGGGCACGGGCUGUGCGCGACGUGCUUCGAUGGACACGUGAAGCGGGAGUGCGAGAAGGACGUGCGCGAGCUCCGACGGCGAAUGGGGGAGGUGCUGUGUCCGAUGAACACGGCGGCGCUGGAGAAGGGUGAGCGGUGCGCGUCGACGUGCUACGGGGCGAGGGAGAUCGCGACGCGGUGCUCGGCGGAGACGUUUGAGGCGUACGACGAGGCGAGACGGAGGGUGAAGGAGGCGAUGAUCGUGGAGGAGGCGGAAGAACGGUUGAAAGGUGAGCGAGAACGAUUGGCGAAGGAGGGUGGGGGGGAGGGAGAGCGGUUACGGGCGACGCGGGAGCACGUCAUCGAGCGCAUCUUCGUCACGGCGUGCCCGAGGUGCACGCAGGCGUUCGUGGAUUUCAGCGGAUGCUUUGCGCUUUUGUGCUCGAGAUGUAACGCUGGGAUAUGCGCGUACUGUAUCGCGGAUUGUGGGAGGGACGCGCACGCGCACAUCGGGAACUGUCAGCUCGCGAAGGAUGUGGCGAAGUGGCAAAAGAAGCAAAAGGGCAAGGCGGAGAGUUUCGUCGCGGCCAAUCGCGGGCACCCGAUGGGGACGUUCGGUUCGAUGGAGAUGUUUCGCGAGGCGGAACGAUUGCGUCGGAUUCGAAACUUUGCGACGUAUGCCGCGACGUGGGACGACGAGUUCUUCAAGCGCGUCCUCGACUCGUUGGAGCGCGAGCUCAAGGAUUUGGGCAUUUCUCCGAAGGACGUCAUCAAGGAGCGAACCGCCACGGUGAAACGAAACAACGCGCCCCCACCGCGUCGCGGCGGUCGAGAUAAUCCCGUGCAAGGUGAGCCAUUUCCGGAGAUUCCAGCUCCUCGGCGUGGUGCGCAUCGACGAGCUAGGCAAAUGUGGCCGAAUCUUGACGACUAUGAAAACGAGUUAGAUGAUGAGGACUUCGACCUCGGAGACGAGCUCGGUCGAGGUUUCUUGGCGAUGGAUGCGCUGGAGCGUGAGCGUGCGAUGUUUUGGGGGAAUCUAGAGCAGAUGCAGCGUGAUGUGCGCCCGCGCAUGGCGCGUCAAGCGGCGCGUCAAGCGGCGCGUCAAGCGGAGGAGCACGAACGACGUGAGGCCGUUCGAGCGAUCGAGCGUCAAAUGCGCGACAAUGAGAAGCUACACAGGCAGAUCACGUUGGAUGAAGAACUGCAAGCACGUAAAUCUCGCGAGAAGGAGCAGGCUGACUUGGAGAGAGCUGUUAGGUUAUCGAUGCACACGGCCGCGCAGGAACGCGCGCGCGAGCGUCGUCGAGGCGUGGCUGGAGCGUCACAUCCGUGGAAACGAGACGUGAAUGGGGUCGUCUCACUAGACGAUGAAGGGGCGCGCCAACGUCGUCGUGCCGACAAAAGAUCAAAAUCGAGUCAGGAGAGCGAUCCUGUCAUCGACUUGACAUGA